AUGCCUAGUCGUCCGGGGGUGCUUCCUGUUGAAUCGGACUCGGUACGCAGCGCAGACCACGAUCCAGAACAAAUAGACAGUCAAGGCGCAGAGGAAGGAGAUUUCUGGCCCAUCGUCGGCAUUGUUAAAGAAAGGAGGAGAAACAAGAAGCCAUCCUACCUCGUUCGCUGGGCUUCGGAUCCCCAAACCGGACAGGAGUUCCCUCUACAGUGGAUUUCUGCUGAAGGUGUAACGGAAGCAGCUAUCGAAGAGUGGGAAUCUGAGAAGGCACAGGCUCAGAGUCAAAAGACACGGGCGCAAAAGACCACGACGACCAAGAAGAGCAACCCUCGAACGUCCGUAGUCGCAACCGCAGCAACAACCACGGCGGAAACACGAAUCGCCUCGCCACAGUCCGUUGAUAGCAGCCAAGACGUCCUUCCAGCCAACCGUCGCAAGAGGCCUCGCCCCCUUGACAGUCGUGCCCGCUCGUCUUCGGUUGCCGACUUUCUCCCUGGCCUCACAGCCGACGACGUGCGCGCAUCCAAGCGUCCGAGGCUUAGUGUUGACCUGUCUUCACUUCCUUCCGAGGAAGCAUACACACCAGAAGCUUCGGACAACUUCGAAAGACCAAACACCAGUAGUAUCUUCGUGGAGCUUCCGAGCAAGGCCGCCAUCGACACCUCCCAGUACCACAGCUUUCCUGAGUCUUCCCAACAGACUGCAAACUCGCACUCCCAAUCAUUGUCCGCCCUGGAAGAACUCGACGCGCAAAUCACGCUCGAACCCGCAUUUCAUAGCCAAGAAACCAUCCCGGACUCCCAGGAUUGGCUUGACGAUACUCAGACAGGCUCUUCUUCUCAAGCCCUUUCGGUGUCUCAAACUGUUCCUCGGCCCCGCCUCGAGAUUCCCGACUCCCAGAAGGACUCCAGCUUAGGAAAAUCCCUCGUACCCAGUCAGUCUCUUGUCGAUCCAUCAACGGGUGACGCUUCACGAACACAGGACCCCGAAAUUCCUUCGCACCAGCCCGAUAUCGGAGAUACGAGAGAACAGGCCAACGAACAGCAUAGCUCUCUGAACGAACUUGUCGAAGAGUCUCACAGACCGGGAGGAUCCCCAAAGUUCUUUUCGCAGCCAGAUUUCGGAUUUGAUCUUGAGCUGAUUGCGAGCUCCGCGCUAGAUUCCCGAGAGAUUGUGCCCGAGUCUAGCUCUGGUGCACCCUUGCCGUUGACCCAACGCCAGGAGCAACUAGAAUCUGCCGGUUCAUACGCGCUGGCGGUUGUCGAAGUUCCUCAGAGCCAGGACGUCCUUACCGAGCAAGCAGCACAAAUCGACCCGGCGCAGGCUAGCAUUGCGGUGAGCCAAGUCACCUGCGACAGCAGUUCGCCCGAUAACGUCGUGCCAGACUCGGUUGUGCGGAAGGCCAUCUGCUCUGACUCCCGAACAUCCAGCUCGCUACCAGCUCAUUCCUCCGAGAUGAGCGGAGUUGCGCCAGAUGAGGACGACCCGGUCGCUUUGCUUCUUGAUGCGGCUGCGGGGCAGCAAAAUGCGGAAUCUUCGGCGCCUAUAUCCGAGUUUCCGGACGUCAAUGACUUGUUCGACUUCAUCGGCUCCUCAAAUCGGACGAAAUUUCCGGCCGAAGAUCUAAACCAGGAGAUGACGAUUUCGGGAGAGACUCAAACGACCUUGCCAGGUGCCCUGCCAGUUGCUAACGACAUAUUGUUGUCGGCGCCGGAACCUACUUCGCUUCCGCUGAUGCCUGUCAUGAAUGAGCUGCAGGAGCCCGUCAACGAAUCCCAUCUUGAGAUGGCGACAUCGACUGACAUGUCUGGCGCCCUUCUUCAACCCGAAUCUGUACCUGAGGUCUUUCCGGCAACAAUUUCUCCAUCAGAGAUCAGUCGAACAGUAGAACCCGAAAGUCUGAUGCAGGCCCCCUUGGAGCCCCCGACGAUGUCUAUCGAGGCUGUGGACCCUGAAAUCACUUCUUCACCAUCUUCAGAGGUGCCAGGCUCGGAUCAAUACAUGGUGACCUUACCCCUUCCUGCGAACAUGAAAGAAGUGUACCUCAACACCAUUCUUCGGUACCGACGUGAAAUUGAAGCGUUCAACAACCAGCAGAGCAACGAGGGAACUCCGCCAGAUGCGCAACUAUCAGCCCAGAUCGACCGGUUCUUUGGUGAUCUGUUCGACAUUUGCGACCACCCAGCAUCGCUUGGCGCAGAUGAACUUCGUCAGCUUGAUACGACCGAUAUACAGAAGCAUGCCAUGGGCACGAAUAGUAAAUUCUACUUUGUUGGCCGACUUUUGGAACGCCUAGCCUACACUGAUAAGAAGGUUCUGAUCGUCGCACGAAGCCAGAAGCUUCUCGGGUACCUGCAAGCAAUCAUCGGCACCAUAAAGCCCAGCGAUCGUGAGGAAUCUGAGCUCGUCGUUCAGCUUGCCCAUGCUGAUCAGGAUGUGGACGCCCUCGCCUUCGAUAUUGUCAUUGGGUAUGACUCUGCUUACGCCACGUCUGUAGCUUCGCAGCAGGUGGAGCAAGCUGAGCCCAGCAAGAAGCCAGUCGUGAUCAGUCUGGUCAUCACGUAUUCAAUCGAGCAUUUCGAAGUGGUCAUCCCAACAGAUUUCGGGGAUCUUGACCGCAAGAACGCACUCUUGAUCUCCAUUUUCCAGAGCCGAGCAGUAUUGGCCAAUCACGGCGAUCAAGACGUAGAGAGGGUUGUGGCGGAAUUCGCAGAGCACCUCCUGGAUCCUGAUCUUGCAUUUGAUUGGGAACCGGAGUUGAUCCCCAGCGAUCUCCUAGACUUUUACGAUAACGCGCAGAAAAGCCAGACGCAACCUCAAUCCCAGCUCGAAGCCCGUCAAAUCUCUGCCCUCAAACGCAAGCACGACGGGCCACCUGUCGGGUCACCGAAACGCUUGCGCCGCUCACAAUCAGUGGCACAGACGCCGGCGGAACUUGAUACCACAGUCCGAGAACUGAUCGACCCAGACCCAGCCAAGGAGCAGGUCAUGUUAACUCGGGCCGCAUGGGGGGCUCUCACGCAAAAGAACACUGAAUUGGAAUCCCAAUUAAGAGAUAAAGAUGAGCUCGAGGCUAUCACUCGCAAGCAGAUCACGCGGAUGUCGAAACAGAUUAAGAGCCACGAAUCAACAGCCGAAGUGAUCCAGAAACAGCACAUGGCUGCUCUGAGCGAACGUGCGGGCUUUGAGAAGGAGCGAAACCAGGCCGUCGAGCAAGAACAGGCGCGCGUCCAAAGACAGCGUGCUCGCUGGGCUAGACGAGAGGAGCAAGAGCUCAGUGCUGCGCGGAAGAAAUACGUCUCUGAGAAGAAAUUGAAGAGCAAGGAAAGCGACUUUGACUUCGCGAGAGGUCAAUACCAGGAUGAGCGGCAGCACGUCAAUGACACCGUGCAGGAGAACAAGGAGCUUCGAGAGCAGGUUGCGCAGCUCAAGCAGCAGUUCUCGGAGGAGCCUCGUCAAGAAUUUCAGCAGAUCAAACGCGGACAGCAGCCAGAAAGACCUCCAGCGAUUAGUAGUGGGAGGGCGCAGACCGCUCCGCCAAGGACCGCGAACGAGGAGCUCGGAGCCCCACCCGCGAAAGAACUCAGGUCGCUGAAGAAUGGGCGACCGCGAGACGCGUGGGACGAGUGUUCCCCGAAGCCCGCGCAUGGGCGUCAUGACGCCGCGCAAUGGACGCGGGGGCUUAAGCACGCUGGGUGCGUCCGCAGGCGCUACGCCGGGUAG